AUGGUUCGCAUGUCUGUAUUGGCUGACUGCUUAAAGUCCAUCAUCAACGCUGAAAAGAGAGGAAAGAGACAAGUCUUGAUCCGUCCAUCUUCCAAAGUCAUCAUCAAGUUCUUGUCUGUGAUGCAAAAGCAUGGCAAGUCACUUCUCAACACAACAGGUUACAUUGGUGAAUUCGAAGUUGUCGAUGACCAUCGAUCAGGCAAAAUCAUCAUUCAAUUGACUGGUCGUCUCAACAAGUGUGGUGUCAUUUCACCACGAUUCAAUCUUAAAUUGGUUGAAGUUGAAAAAUGGGUCAACAACUUGUUGCCAAGUCGUCAAUUCGGUUUCUUGGUUUUGACUACAUCAGCUGGUAUCAUGGAUCACCAAGAAGCUCGUAGAAAGCAAACUGGUGGUAAAAUUCUAGGAUAUUUCUACUAA